GGAAACGUAAACUGAACACACUAAGAUAACACAGACUUUCAAAGUAAAGCAGGAAAUACAUGACAGUCACGCAAAAAACAAAACACUGACAACACCGAAACGUAACAGGGGUAUGAUGGCAGAAUCGUUUCCAUGGUGAACAGAAACCCCAUCACAGCAGCCAACCAAGUGAACGAUGCUGUAUCGAUAUCCACGCCACUUCACGAAUCCAAAGGCUGGACUGGACGUUGCUAAUAAACAUUUUAAAAAGCCGGCGCAGACCUGGAAAAACAUUCGUUGGACAAAUGAGACCAAAAUCAAGCUCUACCAGAAUGAUGGCGAGAAUAAGAAUGGAGCAGGCGCAGAACAACUCAUGACCCAAAGCACACACAUCAUCUGUAAGACACGGCGGAGGCAGUGUGAUGGCGGCCUGUGGCGUUGGGACACUAGUGUUUACUGAUGAGGUGAGCUGAGUGAACUCGAGGUGUUCAGAGACGAGCGUGAGCAGAGGAACGAGAACUAAACCUUCACCAGAGAAACGACAGCAGGAGCACAGACACUACAAACAAAAAACACUGGGUCAACGUCCCAGGACCGUGACAGCCAGAGCACACGCUACAUAUAGCUGGACAUUGUCCAUGUGCUAUAUGUGCUCCACGGCAUCGCUGUGUUUCCUGGAACAUGUCUUUUAUUACUCAUCAGCUUCUAAGCGGCAUUUUGAAGCCUUCAGGGACUCAUUUAGCUGAGGCGAAGCGUAACAGACCGCAGCCGGCAGAGCUGCCUGUAUCACCAUCCAUCUGGCAGUCAGGCCACACCCCUACUAAUAUAAACUUACACAGGUGAGUUGUAACUGUACAGGUGUUAUGAGGGGGGGUAUGAGAUACUGGUGGAAGAGCGAGGAACAUCUGUCUGGUCUCAGGCUGAUUUUGCAGAUGUUCCCUCAGCUGACACCGUCCCUUAGCCCCUAAGAACAAAACCGAAACCAGUGAUUCACAAAUGUGUCAGUUUAAAACAUGAAGCCUUUAGAUGACAAGCAGCAAACAUCUGCAAAAAGCAGCACUAGACUUCUGGGAGAGACGAGGAACGUUGUGCCAUUCCAGCUGCUUUACACGCAGAUCCUCCGCAUCCAAGAAAUUGGAGCUCUUGUUCCAGGCUGUUCCACGGCACGUUAUUAGGUAUCAUCAUUUAUGUUGAAGGAGACACAACUUUCACCAUAAAUUAUGUUGCUUUUACUUCCCAGAGCCUUUCCUCCCAAUACUGACCUGAGAAAUUCCUCACCGAGACGUGUGCCAGGGCUUAGUCGAGGAAACUGUGUGCUUUAAGUUGACUCUUGUUAGCAGAUAUGGGUUUGAGAGUCUGCACAAGCUCACAGAAGCUUUCAUCGCCCGUCUCUGAGAGAUCAUUGUUGUUUUUAUCAUUAGCGUGGUUGCGGAAACUGCUCCCAUUACUGUUAAGUCCAACAGAGUAUUUGUUUGUGUGCUUUAUGUAGUUUUUUGGCAGCAGCGCCGCACUGCCUCCUCGAUGUGCAUACCAGCUCUGAUCCAAAUCAAACAAAAAUCAAACUGUUGCUCACUGAUAUCAGGGGGUCGGAGCUCUUAAUCACACACAGAUUAAGUUCACAGUAUCGCACGUUUGAACCUUUUCCUUCACGCUGUGAGAAGGCUGCUGAUCUUCUGCUGAUAUUACCACGUGUGCUGCCUGCAGCAGAGUUUGGAAAUAUUUGAUAAAUUUCACAAUGUCUUUACAUGUAUUUACCUCAUUAACUUUCAGCACUGUGCUGCUUUGAUUUGAAGUCAGUGUUGAAGUUGUCAUAACACUGAUAAUCUCACUUCUAGCUCGUGAUGUAAGCAUGUCUUGGUCCAAAGUACGACCAACCGCUCAAGUCCCAGUACCAAACUCUGGCGCCCUCACAAGUCCUGCCAUGACUUUCACUGUGUUCGCUCCAUUGUUGUUUCCAUAUAACAUGUUCUUUGGCACUGGUUCCAUCUCUUUACUUUCAGUGAAAAUGUUUUAUCUCAGGUAAGUGCAGCCCUCGCAGGUUUUGAUGAUUAGUCAGUCAGACUGUUGGCAAACACAGAGAAGCUCCAGGAUGUGUGUUGAGUAGAUUUUGUUCCCUGCAGGGUUUAGAGGAAGAAACACUGCACUCGGGAUCGCUGGGAGCAAAGGAAACAGCUGGAGAAAAGAGGUGGGAUCUUGAAAGUAAAAUGCAAAUAAUCCAGAGGAGGAGGAAGAGUGGGAGGAGUGAGAAAGUGAAAACUGGAGGGUGAGAAGGGACAGAAGAGAGGGAGUCCAUGCUCUCCAACCACGUGUAGACCAGCAGCUCCGGAUAACGCACCUUUUCCCCCCGAAGUGAACCAUCACCUGCCAAAACUCCACCACACUUGUCCUUCUGGAUGUUCAUUCCUCUUUUAAUUAAUUUCUCUUUUCCUUGGAUAGCCGGAGCCUUCCCCAGCAGCGGGACAUACGACUGGAAGAGUGAAGGUUGGAAGUUUGACCAAAAAUUCCUGAAAACUAGCCAAAGAAAGGAUUUUCUUCAUUCUACAACUGCUGUUGAGUUUCAGCUGGAGUCCAGCAGAGGACAGACGCUGAAGACACUUUAAGCCAUCUGCAUCCUGUCGGAGGGUCGGGGAGUGGAAGCCUCCGGAGGGGCCUGCUUUCUCCCAGCUGUGAUAGAUUUGUUGAGGAUGUUGCAGUGAGUUGUGGGGCAGCAGACAGCAGAGGAUAAUGUGACGCAGAUGAUGGUUUUGCCGCCUGUGCCAUGCAGAGGGAGAGGCCAGCUCUCGUGAGUGUGUUUGUGUUUCUGUGUUCUGUCAACAUCAUCGCCAUCACCCAAAGACCAUGCAGCAGGGACCUCUACGUGCAGGUCGAGAGCCUGAAGGAGAAAGUCUCCAACAUCUCCAAAAAGGUAUGACUGCAAGCCUUUAUGGCUCACUUAGAAACACACGCACUUCAUCACGCAACAUCACGCAACGUGAACGCUUUUUAAUGCUCGAAGGUCAAAAGCAGCUUUAGGCUUUGAGAUUCGUACCUCACCCUGCUCAGCUUUACAAUCCAUACUGCUGCACUUCACAGAACUCAGGUGUGUGAACUGUGAACUGCAACAGUAUCUUCGGUGCCUUAUCUUGAAGAUAUGUAAGCAUGCGUUUAUUGUUGAGGAGGAUGAGUCAUAUAAAAUAAGUACAGCACACACCUAACGCACACCUAAGCUGCAGAGUGACUUCUGCGUAGAAAGAACAAGUUUGUCACACAGAGGACGAGCUGAGGGGAGGAAGGGUUGUUUUCACUGAGAGUCGUGGAAAGCUGCUUCGGCAGAAUGAGCAUCGUCUCUGAGUCCCAGACAUGCAGAUCGUUUUCAGUUGUGACUCAUGCAAAAUUAAUCCACAGGAGUUUUUUUCCCUAGAAAAAAACCCCUCUCUUUUACAUGACAUAAGCAGAUGUCAGUGUCCCGGGAAAAAUGAGUCCGCUCUAAAAGUAUUUGCGCUGCGAGCUGGGUGGAUGUGGUUGUAGCUCCGUAGUGUUGUUUGCUAAUUAGCACUAAGCAUGCAGCUGAAAGCUGAGCCUGCAAGCGCACUUGAAGAGCUCUUGGCUUCGGGGGCUUCUGGUGUCAGAGGGUUUCAUCGAGCACUCAGUCUGCAGCACACAUUGUCGCUGAACUGCAGCCUGUACACACCCACCAUGGAAGACUACGAGCAGAUUUGUCCCAGGACCACGAUGCAAUGUUUUGCUUCUGAAAUUAUUGUCCUCACGCAUGAGUGGGAGCUCGAGCCCAAGUGGAAGAAAUUGAAUAGAUUGCUGAGUAGACUGGCGUCCAGGAUAAACCAGACAGCGUCAAAGUGUCGUCGUUGUGAGGUCAUGAAGGAGGAAAAUGCAACGACCUUUCUUGAAAAUCUUCUGUGGACUGUUAAGAAAUCUAACAGUGACUACUGUUAGGACUUUCAGAAGAGACUACAUGGCAUGACUUUCUUUUCGUUAACUUUCUAUUAAACCACCUGCACACAAAUAAAGUGCAGAAUGCAUGAUGCAGCUCGGUGGUAUUUGAGGUGCAGCUAGAGGCUAACGCAGAGUUCUGGGUGGAAAAAGCUUGCUUGUAGUCUCAUAUCAGCUAACAUAAACGUCUCACUGAUGACGUCAUAAAGAAGACACAGUCAGGUCCCAACUAAGCUGCAGUCAGAUGCUGAGAGCACACUGGUCACUUUAAUGUGCUUUAAAUAUCUGUGUAUUUGUAUCUGCUAAUAAUGAGUAUUAUUAUAUUAAUAAGGCUUCUACCAAGCAGUUGGACAGUGGGUGAAAAGGGGGUGUUGGGUCAGUGUGUUUAUUGGCCUUGGUAAACUGAUGGAAGAACACCAAGGAUGGCAGGAAACAGACCUGCCUACAUAUUUCACAACCAUAGACACCAUCACAGAAAUGUGCGACGGUUUCUGAGGACGUGGGACUUCCUGAGGAUCGGUCGAAAGCCACUGCCACAUUAUUCAUGCAUCAGACAUUAUAAGGCAAUGGACAGCUGCAAGGACAGCACUGCUUACGCCUACUGUGGCCAAAAUAUGCUCCUAUACAGCUCUGAUGUAAACCUCAGAAACAUAUAAAGCUUUUUCCACUUGUCUAAUAAGCUCAUUCUCUCCCUGCUUUGAUCUGAUGCUCCUGUAUUUAGUUCAGUACAAUAAACUUCAUUUUGAAUGUAAACUGA